AAUUUUACGAAUUACGAACGACGAAUAUGUAUCACAUACAUACGUAAGUAGAGAUAUCUUUGCGACAACGACCUUUUAUCUUACAGAUAAAUGGAACUAUAAUGAGAAAGAAAUUCUAUUGUUUCGGCAUUUAUUAUUCACGUACAUUCAUCGAUGUUGUGUUAAACAUACACAUUUGAUAUGGCAAUUAUUGGCUCCUCCCAUCGGAUUUUAUAUUCAACAUAUGUAACGAAUUAAAUAUGACAAAUACGUUCCAUUGGUACUAAAGUUUAUUUAAAUAAAUAUAUAUUAUAACAUCGAAAUUGUGUGUGUAUUAACUUCGAAUAAUUUAAGGUAUAUCAAGUGUUACACCGAGGCCUAUUUUUGAGGUCAAUAACCAAUGGUUACUGAUCUUAAGAACAGCACACAUAUUAAGUUGAAACAACACAAUUCUAGGAUUUCUAUUUAUUAAUUCGAAUUCUGUAAAAGCGGGAAACGACGGCUCUCUCUUGCGGCAAAGAAGCACAUAUAAUUAGGAAAAAAAUACGAAUCCAAUAGAAACUUAAGGAGUUACUCUUACCGCUCAGUUGGCCGUUCAAUCGGCCAGUUGCUAAAUUGACCGAUGCGCAACUAACCUAAUCUUAAUUCUUUGUUACUUUGCAAUCGACUGCCAAUGAAUUAAUCUCUCUCUGUUACAGUCACACUCUUACCACUUACCAAUGAUCCACUCAAAACAGGUUUAAUGAUAAUUGACUAAUGCAUAGUGUCAAUGUGUAAAACAUAUAAUACAAAUAAAAUUACAUACUGUUGUGAAGAACUGGAUUCUUAUUUUCUUGUAUUUUAUUGUACAUUUAUAUUGAAUUUUAUAUAAAGGGUAUCUGGUUUUAAGAUUAUCUUAUUAAAAAUUUACUAAUUUUAUGUAUUUCACAUUAUAUGUAAAUAUGUGAAGCUGUCAAUAUUAAUAUAGUUGAUCUUAAAAUUUGGCGGUAAUUCGUGGUCGGUGACAAAGCUAAUGUUAAUUGCCUAGUUUCUCUGUAUAUAAUAAGAAAAGAUUUUAAUAAACUUUGUAAAGUUUAUGAUAACAUAAUGCCCGAAGUGACGAUUAAUAAUGUUAUUAUUAAUUUUCCAUUCAAACCAUACUCUGUUCAAGAAGAUUAUAUGGCAAAGGUGAUAGAAUGCCUUCAGAAUAGUAAAAAUGGUGUUUUAGAAUCUCCAACUGGCACGGGGAAAACACUCAGCCUUUUGUGUUCAUCUUUAAGUUGGUUAUUAACUAAGAAAGCUCAACUGCAGGCAGAAGCAUUAGUAGGGGCGAUAGAAAAACCAAAUUUUGGUGGACAUUUUUUCAAUAAAUUAAAUAAUGAACUUAAAGGAGCUACAGGUGAUUCAGAACCUUCCCCAAGUUUUAAUUGGGCUGCCCCAAAAAUUAUCUAUGCAUCUAGGACGCAUUCACAAUUGUCACAAGCAAUGCAAGAAUUGAAAAGAACCGCUUAUAAACAUGUGAGCACAGCUGUAUUAGGAUCCAGAGAUCAGCUUUGUAUUCACCCAGAAGUUUCCAAAGAAAUUAAUUCUUCUAAUAAGAUACAUAUGUGUCACUCUAAAGUAAAAUCUAGAACAUGUUUUUAUUAUAAUAAUGUUGAAACAAGGAAGGAUGAUCCCUUUUUUAAACAGGAAGUACUAGAUAUAGAAGAUUUAGUGAAAGCUGGUCAAAAAUAUAAAUGUUGCCCAUAUUUUUUAUCUAGGGAACUUAAACAGAAUUCAGAUAUCACUUUCAUGCCAUAUAACUACUUAAUAGAUGCAAAAGCAAGAAAAUCCCAAGGCAUAGAUUUGCAGAACCAGAUUAUUCUCUUAGAUGAAGCACAUAAUGUUGAAAAAACAUGUGAGGAGGCAGCAUCAUUACAGAUAUGUAGUACAGAUGUUGCAAUGUGUAUUGAUGAAAUAACAGGAGUAAUGCAAGACAUGGCUAAUAAUACUCAAGAAAAUGACUUCUUAACAGAAAAUUCUGGAAAUAUACAAAAAGAUUUUACUGCUGAUGAUUUAUGUAUUCUAAAAACAAUGUUUAUGGAACUAGAAAAAGCAAUUGAUGCUAUAAAAAUCAUAAAGCGCGAUGAGGGAGACACACAUCCUGGUGGCUAUAUCUUUGAAUUACUUGAAAAAGCUCAAAUAACACAUGGCAAGGAACAGCUAGUGAUAGAGAAGCUAGAAAAAAUUGUUCUUUACUUAACAACUACAAGUACCUCUCCAUUCGCAAGGAAAGGUAAUGCACUCCAAAAAUUCAGUGAUCUGUUAAGAGUAGUAUUUAAUAAUGGUAACAGUAUACGCUAUAGAGAAAAAAUCAAGCAAUGUUAUAAAGUGUAUAUUCAAGUGGAGGAACAGAAAAAAAAUAAUAAAAAGGACGUUUGGGAAACAAAGAAAAAAGUUCCAAAAAAUGAAGGCAAAAUUAUUAGUUAUUGGUGUUUUAGUCCAGGAUUUAGUAUGCAACAGUUAAUCGACCAAGGUGUACGUUCAAUAGUUUUAACAAGUGGCACAUUAUCUCCAUUAAAACCAUUUAUAUCUGAACUUGGGAUACCAAUUGAUGUUCAAUUGGAAAAUCCACAUAUAGUUAAAGGGGACCAAGUCUGUGUAGGUGUUCUUAGCCAAGGACCAGAUAAUUAUACAUUAAAUUCUUCUUUUAACACAAGGAAUGAUCCAAAAUAUAUAGCGUCUCUUGGCCGAACGAUACUUAAUUUUAGUUGUUUAAUACCUCAUGGUUUGUUAGUUUUCUUUCCUUCAUAUCCAAUAAUGCACAAAUGUAAAGACGAAUGGCAAAAUACAGGUUUGUGGACAAAAAUCGCAGAUCGUAAAUCCAUUUAUGUGGAACCACAACGCAAGGAUGGAUUUACAAAUGUUAUGAACGAAUAUUGUGAAAAAAUUAAAGAUCCCUCUUGUAAAGGAGCAAUUUUUAUGGCAGUUUGUAGAGGAAAAGUGAGUGAAGGACUCGAUUUUGCUAAUGCAAAUGGUAGAGCUGUUUUGAUUACUGGCCUUCCAUUUCCACCUUUAAAAGAUCCAAGGGUGAUAUUAAAACAACGAUAUUUGGAAGAGAUAAGAAAUAAUGACAAAGAAGCUUUGUCAGGUCAACAGUGGUAUCAGCUUGAGGCAUCACGAGCUGUUAAUCAAGCUGUUGGACGAAUUAUACGGCAUAAAAAUGAUUAUGGAGCUAUAAUAUUUUGUGAUUGUAGGUUUGACAAUCAAAAUUUCAAAAAGCAGUUAUCCGCUUGGUUGAGACCUUAUAUUAAAAAAUUUACCAAUUUUGGAAUAAUUACAAAAGACCUACGAGAAUUUUUCAAGUAUGCAGAGCGUACCUUACCACAACCAAAUAUGCAAUCGAAUGCAAAUCGCAUUUCGGUGCCUGCAACAUCAGCUUCUUUUGAUACAACUGUGACUCGAGCUGGACAAAAUAUUUCAAAAGAGAAAUCUGAAACGACACGUUCAAUGGAAGAUACUAUUCGUAUUUAUUCACAUGUUAAUGAAAAUGAACAGAAUAACAAAUCGAAUGAAAAGAAGAAAAAAAGUUUCUUUGAGCUGUUAGCAACAGAAUCUAAACCUGUUAUUAAUUUCAGCGAAUCGAAAGCGGAUAAAAAUUAUAAUACAUGUGAACUAACAAAAGAUAUCACUGAACCCCUUGCAAAAAAAAGAAAGAUAAAAGUGUUACCAUUAGAAUUCAAUGCAUGUUUAUCUGCUCCUUCCACUUCUUCGAGUGUAAGUACAACAGAAAAAGGCAGUACGAAUGCUUCUCAAAACAUACAUGAAGAACCCGCCGACAGUACUGAUAAGAAAGCUGUUGUUAAACCAUAUCUAAAAGAGGUAAAGCGUUCAUUGUCGGAGGAUAAUUAUAAGAUAUUUGCAAACAUGAUACAAGAAUAUUCAAAGACAAACAAUUUAGAUAAGUUGUUAGAGACACUUGAAAAGUUAUUUCUACCAAAAGAAGAAUUAUUUCACUUAUUUGCAGGAUUUAAACAUUUUAUAAAAAAGCAUCAUAUUAGUGUAUUCGAAACUCACGUUACUCGUUUAAGAAGCAAACGGUUAUGACGUUGAAAGUAUUAAAAAAAAACAACAAAAGACUGAUGUGCCUUAAUAUAGUGAUCAUUAACAUAUUCAACGCUGAAGAAUUAUUACAAUCCAAUCUCAGGGACAAAUAUCACUCAUCGCAUUUCGUUAUUUACGAUCGUGUUCUGGUUGAUACGUAUAUACAUUUAUACAUAUCAUUCAUCGAUUGAUUUUGUAAACUAAAAAUUGUUAUAAACAUUUCUCAGUAAAAUAAA